AAUCCUUUGCCCCAUCCAGUCAAGCUACUGUGCACCGGGAAAUUCUGCAGUGAAGGCAUGGCAAAUGUAUUCUCCAUUCUACUCAUCCACUCAUAUAAUAAGGCCUAUGAAAACCACUGACGUUGGAAUGAGGGACUGCCUCAAGGUUUUUGCAUACUGAAGCAGCAUGGACUUGCGGCACUGCUUUUCAUUUAGCCGGUGGGAGGUGGGGUAAAGAGGAGCUGUGUUAAAAGCCUCAUCAGUGCAUGGGUCUCUCAUCACUGGAAGCCAUGGAGGACCUAAACUCUGUGACUGUGGCCCCACUAAAGCGCCGAGUACGACAGAGGAGAAGGAUUCAUGAGAUUAUCAAGACCAAGUUGCAGCGAAACCUCUCCUGCUCGGGACCUAAAGUGAAGAGGACUCUAACAGGCUUCUUCCCCGUAGUUAAAUGGCUUCCAAAGUACAAGGUAAAGGAAUAUAUAUGGGGAGAUCUGAUGUCUGGGCUCAUAGUUGGCAUAAUACUGAUCCCUCAAGCCAUUGCAUACUGCCUGCUGGCCGGCUUGGACCCUAUCUAUGGCUUGUACACAUCGUUUUUUGCAAACAUCAUAUACUUUUUCAUGGGGACGUCAAGACAUGUUUCUGUGGGCAUCUUCAGCCUCAUGAGUCUGAUGAUUGGACAAGUUGUGGACCGAGAGGUUUACCUUGCAGGCUUUGAUUUGAAUGAAGACAAUACAAAAAACGCAUUUGGGUUAAAUGGCACUGGGGAAACCAACACCACUGUUGUCAACUUGAAGAUCAUGGCACUGAAUAUGGAAUGUGGAAAAGAAUGCUACGCCAUUAGCAUUGCCACAGCUUUAACAUUGCUUGCUGGAGUCUACCAGGUGUUGAUGGCUGUUCUCAGGCUGGGGUUUGUCUCCGUUUAUCUCUCUGCUCCUAUGCUCGAUGGCUUUGCCACUGGGGCAUCUUGCACUAUCCUCACUGUUCAGGCAAAGUACCUGCUUGGCCUUAAGAUCCCUCGACACCAAGGCUAUGGGACAGUGGUGGUCACCUGGAUCAACAUCUUCAAGAACAUCCACCAAACCAACUUCUGUGACUUAAUAACAAGUGCCAUUUGCAUCAUAGUGCUGGUUGCAGGAAAAGAGAUCCAGGAUCGCUACAAAGACCGUUUGAAGAUACCACUGCCCACAGAACUGGUGGUAGUGGCAGUUGCCACGAUAGUUUCCCAUUUUUCUGAUUUAAACGGGCAGUUUAGCUCCAGUAUCUCAGGUGCCAUUCCAACUGGUUUCAUUCCUCCAAAGGUGCCAAGCGUUGAACUGAUGCCCCGGGUAGCAUUUGAUGCCAUUCCAUUAGCUGUCAUCAGUUUCGCGUUUACUGUUUCUCUAUCCGAGAUGUUUGCUAAAAAGAACGGCUACACGGUUAGGCCCAACCAAGAAAUGAUAGCAAUUGGGUUCUGCAAUAUAAUUCCUUCAUUUUUCCAUUCUUUCACUACAAGUGCCGCCCUUGCGAAAACUAUGGUGAAGGACUCAACAGGUUGCCAGACUCAGGUCUCCAGCGUAGUGAGUGCCUUAGUGGUUCUUCUAGUCCUCCUCUUCUUUGCACCAUUUUUCUACGCCCUGCAAAAAUGUGUCCUCGCCUGCAUCAUCAUCGUCAGUCUGCGGGGAGCCCUGCACAAAUUUCGAGACGUCCCUAAACAAUGGCGUGAGAGUAAGAUUGAGGCGAUUGUCUGGUUGGUGACCAUGAGCUCAACUGCUCUAAUAAGCGUGGAGCUUGGAUUGCUGAUUGGAGUGGUCUUCUCUAUGAUCUGUGUGGUGGUCCAGACUCAGAAUCCUAAGGUUUCGUUACUGGGACAAAUUGAACAAACCAGUGACUAUGAGGACAUGGAAGAGUAUGAUAAUCUCUCGCCUAUUCCAAAAGUGAAGAUCUUUCGUUUUCAGGCGCCUCUUUUCUACGCCAACAAAGACUUCUUUUUAAAGUCUUUAUAUAAAGCAACUGAUCUUGAGCCAUUCCUUGAAAUAACCCGCAGGAGAAAACUGGAGAAAAAAGCUAGAGAAAAAGCUGUGAAGAAGACUGAUAGCGUAGAUCAAACAAAUGGAGAUGUAAGUGUGAGCUUGAUUUCAAAAGACUUAGAUUUUCAUACUAUCAUCUUGGAUUGCUCCUGCAUCUCCAUAAUAGACACAACAGGAGUGAGCACCUUCAAAGCGGUUUUAAAAGACUAUAAAGAAGUUGGCAUCAAUGUAAUUCUAGCUUGCUGCAACACAACCAUAAUAGAUUCUUUAAGUAGAGGCUAUUUCUUUGGGGCUGGUGACAAAGACAUGGAAAGACUGUCAUUUCAUACCAUCCAGAGUGCUGUUUGUUUUGCUACUGGUUCGACACAACCGGUUAAUGACUCGUCUGUGUGAUGUGUCCACAAAUGGGCUUCAAGAGCUGAAAAAAACCUGUUUCUAUUAAAACAUUUGAAACAUGAAAUUCAACUCCUGAAAAAUUAUCUCAUGUUGAACAAGUUUAUGAAAGCAUCAACUGAUGGCACAAAAAUUCCACUCCUGUUUGAAUAUGAAUAUUCAGAAUAUUGUGCUACUGUACAAACUCAGGGGUUAUGAUUAUAUACUGUUAGACAAAA